UGUGCUGUGCUAGCAGCAACUGGGUAAUGUGGAGCUGACUUAUCAGCCGAAACGCUACAUUAAAAUAAAUACUACGCUGCUUUACGUGAUUUCUACACAGCUAUACCUGAGCCAACAUGCCUCCGAAGAAACCCGCCCCACCAGCGGGAAAUAAAAAAACUCAAGAGAAGAAAAAGGAAAAGAUAAUUGAGGACAAGACAUUUGGUUUGAAGAACAAGAAAGGGGCCAAGCAGCAGAAGUACAUCAAGAACGUUACCCAGCAAGUCAAAUAUGGACAACAAAGUGCCAGACAGGCUGCCCAGGCUGAUGCAGACAAGGCCAGUAAGAAGACUGAUAAGAAGAAAGAGUUGGAAGAACUCAAUGAGCUUUUCAAACCUGUAGUUGCUGCCCAGAAAGUCAGCAAAGGUGUCGAUCCAAAGUCAGUGCUGUGUGCAUUCUUUAAGCAGGGCCAGUGUACUAAAGGUGACAAGUGCAAGUUCAGUCAUGAUCUGUCAAUGGAGAGGAAAUGUGAGAAGAGAAGCGUCUACGUGGAUGAAAGAGAUGAAGACCUGGAAAAAGACACCAUGGAGAACUGGGAUGAGAAGAAACUGGAGGAGGUGGUAAACAAAAAGCACGGAGAGGCAGAGAAGAAGAAAGCCAAAACACAAAUUGUGUGUAAGUACUUCCUGGACGCCAUAGAGAAUAAUAAAUACGGCUGGUUCUGGGUGUGUCCAGGAGGGGGUGACAACUGCAUGUACCGGCACGCCCUGCCACCCGGCUUCGUACUGAAAAAAGACAAGAAGAAGGAGGAGAAAGAGGAAGAAAUUUCGCUGGAGGAGCUGAUAGAAAACGAGCGUGCCGCUCUGGGUGUCGAUGUGACCCGGAUCACCCUGGAGACUUUCCUGGCUUGGAAGAAGAGGAAAAGGCAGGAGAAGGUGGACAAAGCGAGGGAGGAGAUGGAGAAGAAGAAGGCUGACUUUAAGGCUGGAAAAUCACUUGUGGUGAGCGGCCGCGAGGUGUUCGAGUUCCGUCCAGAGUUGGUCGAUGAUGACGACGCCGAAGCCGAUGACACCCAAUAUGACAAUGAUGAUGUGAAAGAUGAUGAAGAACAGAUCAAUACAACUGAGGUCCAGGACAUAGACUUAUCCCGUUUUGUUCCACAAGAGGUCGACAACACAGGCAUUACCGUAGCAUCCAUGGACCGUUUCAACUCCAGGAAUAAGACUCAUCCGACGACAUCAGACGGCGAGGAGCAACUGAACGGAGCUUGCGGUGGCGCCGAGGCCAACGGGCUAUCGGGAGCAGAGGGGGGCGGGGAGGACGGAGGAGGGGAGGAUGAAGAGGAGGUACCGGUGGAUGAGAACCUAUUCACGGGAGAGGAUCUGGAGGAGCUGGACGAGGAACUCAACACACUGGCACUGGAGGACUGAGAGGGGGAGCGUGAGGUGGAAGUUGGGACGGACUAAGUGACAAAGGGAUGGACUGAUGGAUGCAUGGAGCUAAACGACAAAGAGACCAGAUGUUUGAUUUUAAUUUUCAGAGACUCCAGUAAUAAAGCCUGAUUAUAUCAUGA